CUGACUCUAAAAGUCUUCAAGUCUUUGAGUCAUCAGCUAGUGGCUGCCUGCUCGAUCGCUAUAUAUGCCGCUAUGCUGGGUGGCUAACUCCUGCAGUUCCAUCCGUCCAUCCAUCCAUCCAUGAAGAGCUUCUUCUUGCAGUUCCCGGAGCGGGAGAGGCGGCAGCAGCAGCGCGACGAGGAGGAGGGGGCAGCGCUGGUGCCUCAGCCGCCUCCGGACGACGACGACGACCAUGGAGGAGGAGGAGGAGCAGGAGCUGCUGCUGACCAUGAGGAUCCGGCGGCAGCCAAGCAGCAGCAGCUGGAUGACGGCGACGACGAUCAGGCGGCCGAAGAUGAGCGGCAGCAGGAGGCGAUAAUCAUAGCAGCUGCAGGUUGGAAGAAGCAGCAGGCGGCGGCGUGGUGGAUGCGGUGGCCGCAGAAGCUGCCGGUGGUGCCGACGAGAGGCGUGGGUCUGGUGAUCGCCGGUCUCGUCGUCCUGGCCUUGGUGGUCGGCAGCACCAGCAGCUGGUGGAUCCACCUCGACUAUGCACCGUCGUUCCUGCUCGGCGGCGGCAUCAGGCAGCACCAACGCCGGCCUCCUCACCACGUUCCCUCGCCCGCAGCGGACCUGGUGCCCAUACCCUUCAGCUGCGGCGGCAACGCCACCACCACUUCGCCGUCGCCGUCACCGUCGCCUUCAUCACCACCACCACAGGCGGCGGUGCACCACCACCAGUCCCCUCCUCCCCCCAGGUGCCCGGAGUACUUCCGGUUCAUCCACUCGGACCUGUCGCCGUGGCGCGCCACGGGGAUCACGCGCGAGGCGGUGGAGCGCGGGCUCGGCCGCGCGGCGUUCCGCCUGGUGGUGGUGGGCGGCCGCGCCUUCGUGGAGACGUACCACCGCGUGUUCCAGACGCGCGACACCUUCACGCAGUGGGGCAUCGCGCAGCUGCUGGCGCGCUACCCCGGCCGCGUCCCCGACCUGGACCUCAUGUUCAACUGCGAGGACAUGCCCGAGGUCCGCGCCGCCGACUUCCCCGUCCGCUCCGACGCGCCGCCGCUCUUCCGCUACUGCAAGGACGACGCCACGCUGGACAUCGUCUUCCCCGACUGGUCCUUCUGGGGUUGGCCCGAGGUCAACAUCCGGCCCUGGGCGCCGCUGCUGGAGGAGAUGGCGGCCCAGAUGGCGCGCCUGCCGUGGCCCGACCGGGAGCCCUACGCCUACUGGAAGGGCAACCCCGGCGUGUCCGCCGACCGCGCCGACCUCCUCCGCUGCAACGUCUCCGACAGGGUGGACUGGAACGCGCGCGUGUUCGCGCAGGACUGGGGCGCCGCCAUCCGCGCCGGAUUCCGGGGCUCCAACCUGGCGGAGCAGUGCCGGCACCGGUACAAGGUGUUCGUGCGGGGGCGGUCGUGGUCGGUGAGCGAGAAGUACAUCCUGGCCUGCGACUCGCCGGUGCUGCUGGUGGACACGCCCUUCAGGGACUUCUUCUCCCGGGGGCUCGUCGCCGGGGAGCACUACUGGCCCAUCGACCCCGCGCGCAAGUGCCCCGCCAUCAAGCUCGCCGUCGACUGGGGCAACGCGCACCCGGCGCAGGCGCGGCGGAUGGCCGGUGAGGGCAGCGGCUUCGCCAGGGAGGAGCUCGCCAUGGACUACGUCUACGACUACAUGCUGCACCUGCUGACCGAGUACGCCCGCCUGCUGCGCUACAAGCCCACCGUGCCGGACAAGGCGGUGGAGCUGCGCGCCGAGGCCCUCGCGUGCCCCGCGCGCGGCCGCGAGAGGGAGUUCAUGAUGGAGUCCAGGGAGAGGUACGCCGCCGACUACGAGCCAUGCACCCUGCCGCCGCCCUUCACCGCCGGCGAGCUCAGGGACAUGGCGCGGAGAGACCAGGAGGUGCGGGACAGGGUGAAAAAGAUGAUGACUAGCAUGGAGCACGAGCGUCCGCCGCAGCCAUAGAUCGUAUAUUAGUACCAUCUUAUUACA